AGGUGUCUCGGCGCUCGCCGCUCCGUCAGCGUCGUCUGCGUUACGCUGACUAGUCACCACUCCAAGAACGCGCGGGAAGCAUUGAACAUCUGUUGUUUUUUGUUGGAUAGUGGGUACCAGCGUUUCUAAGUGCCAUGCAAGCAAAAAUAGUAGAUGGAAUUGUCUAUUCGCCGUACCCUGACUUGGAAGACCUUGGGGAUGUCUCCAUGUACGCCUUCUUGACGCAAAGACUGCAACAAUAUGGACACAAAACGGCAAUGGUACAUGGACAAGACAAAGUGAGUCACUCGGAGUUUCUGGAAAGGCUGAAGGUCAUGGCCAGCGGAUUUCACUCGCACGGCAUUGGUACGGGAGACCGGGUCCUAGUGCACGUGGAGAAUGGCAUCGACAGUUUUGUCGCCGCCUGCAGUAUUCCACUCACUGGUGCCACACUGGUCACUUCGGACGUCACAUUUAACGAAGAGGAACUUUUGGAUCACGCAAGAAGAACGGACGCGACUCACUUGCUCACAGGAAAAGCUUAUGUCGACCUAUUCGACAACUUAUCAACUGUUGUAAAUUUUAAGAAAGUUUCAGCUGGCGACACCUGA